UUCAGCGACGUAGUGGUCGCGCUGUAAAUUGCGGGGUGUGAAUAGUUGUGUCAUGAGUUGACGAUUUUUGUCGUUGCUGCUUCAUCGUAUAUUGUUUUGAUGGUUGACUCGCUUUAAAAAGAUACCAUGUUCAAGAAAUUGAAGGAUAAGAUAUCCGAGGAAGUCGGUCAAUCAUCCAUACGUCUCCCAAUCCAGCAGCUCUCACAGCUUGCAUCCUAUGUUUCGGAGGGCUCCAGGGUUGGCAGGAGUGAUCUCAGCCUAGCUGGUUCAGCAGCACCUGCCAAAUAUGGCACUCAGUCACAUGCAGAUGCAUCAAUAGCCAGUGAGAACAUAGAUGGUGGAGCCCUCAGCAUAGAUGGUGAUGGCGGCCGCUCGGAGACGGCGUCGGUCGGAGGCCGGGUAUCGGGCGGUGCCCGGGCACGUCACCACGCCAAGACGGUGGGGGACUGGCUGCGACACCCAGAUGGCCACCUGCACUGUCAGCACGCAGAUCUGGACGCCGUCAGCGAGGUGAGCUCGCUGGCCAGCCUGGGCACCGUCACCAAGGAGCAGCUGCUGCAGAGCUACCAGCGCAUCCGCGCCAAGUACAGCCAGCAGCGGGCGCGCCACGCCGAGCUGGCGCGCUCGUGCCACGCUCUGGAGGUCGACUGUCGGCUCUCGCGGGAGGCGCUGCAGGCGAGCGAGGCGCAGGUGCAGCAGCGGGACGCCGAGCUGAAGCAGCGGCUCAGCCGGGAGGAGGAGCUCCGAGCCGAGCUGCAGCAGGCGCUGCAGCAGCGCGCCUCCAGCCCCGGCCCACAGGAGCACGGCGAGGGCGGCGCCGGCGACACCUCGCCGGUCGUGGCCGAGGUGAACGGGUCGGCACCGACGGCCACCACCCCGCUAGCUCCCGGCGAUGCCGAGAGGUCGGCGGAGGUCGACCGGCUCAAAGACAAGGUGGCACAGCUGGAGGGACUGCUGGUCAAGUGCAAGGAGAGCAUCCGUCAGCACAAGACGCGUCUGUCGGCGGCGGCUGCGGAGAAGGAGCAGCUACAGCAGCAGGCGGAGCAGCAGCUGGCCCAGAGCAGCGUGCUGCAGGAGGGCGCCAGGGCCGAGUUGGAACGGCUGAAGGAGGCUCUAUCGGAGCUGCGGAGUCAGCUAGAACACAGCGACGGCCAGGUGCAGCGGCUGCAGCAGGAGGCGGCCGAGGCUCAGCAGCUGGUAAAAACGGCGGAAUCGGAAGCAGCCAAGCUCAGUGAGGACCAUGAAAUGCAGCUGAAGAAACUGCGCGAGCAGUUCGAUAAAGAGAGGAGCACUCUAGUACAGGAGCUGUCGCAAUACAAACUGGAGCACGAGGGGUCGGAGUCGGGUUUGCAGAAGAAACAUCAGGAUCUGGAUUCACGGGAUAUCCAGCUCUCGCAGAAGGAACAGGAUUGCGACAGAAAGGUGAACAUUGUGGAACAGAGGGAGCAUGAGUUAGAGAAACGGGCUGCCGAGCUGGGUCAACGGCAAGAGGUGACGCAGGAGCGGGACAGCCGCCUCGGAAAGAGGGAGGACGCGUUGAAGGAGCAGGAGGUCCAUCUUGGGCUGAAAGAAGACGCCCUGAGACAGCGUGAGAGUCGCCUCGGAGAAAGGGAAGAAACGCUGCAGGAACGGGAGAACACCCUGGCACGGAGAGAAGAGGCGUUGAAGGAACAGGAGGUCCAACUGGCGGGAGAAAGAGAGAAAGUGCAAGGCCGGGAGGUGCAACUGGAAGGGAUGGAAGGGAAGCUGAAGGACCAAGAAUCAGAGGUGGUUCAGAAACAGGAGGCCGUGACCGAGCAAAAGACGCAUCUGGAUGCAAAAGAAGAGGCGCUCAAGGAGAAAGAGGCGCGAUUGGGGGAGUGGAAUGCGACGUCUGUGGCACAGGACACAGGGCUGAAACAGCGGGAGAGGGUGCUAAAAGAACAGGAGUUCAGUUUGAUGCAUAGGGAGGAGGCACUGAAUGAGCGGGAGGCUGGCCUGUUGCAAAGGGAGGGACAGGGGUCCAGCUUGGUGCAGAGGGAGGAAGAGUUGAAGAAACAAGAGACUGGCCUGAUUCAGAGACAGGAGACAUUAAAUGAACAAGAACGCGGUCUGGUACAAAUGGGAGAAGCACUGAAGAAACAACAAUCCGGGCUGGUACAGAGGGAGGAGGUGUUGCAGGAACAGGAGGCUGAAUUGGUACAGAGGGAGAAGGCAUUGAAGGAACGAGAGUCAAGCCUGGAACAGAAGGAAGGGGUGUUGAAGGAACAGGUGGCUGGCUUGGUGCAGAGGGAAGAGGUGUUGAAGGAACAGGAAACUGGUUUGGUACAUAGGGAGGAGGUGUUGAAGGAACAGGAGUCAGGCCUUGCUCAAAGGGAGGAGGUAUUGAAUAAACAGGAGGCUAGCCUGCUACAGAGGGAGGAUCAGGAGUCCAGCCUGUUACAGAGGGAAAAGGAGUUGAAGGAACAAGAGACUGACCUGAUACAGAGACAGGAGACGUUAAAUAAACAGGAACUCAAUCUGGUAAAAAGGGGAGAAGCAUUGCAAGAACAGGAGUCGGGUUUGGCACAGAGGGAGGACGUGUUGAAGGAACAGGACGCUGGCUUGGUACAAAGGGAAGAGGUGUUGAAGGAACAGGAGACUGGCUUGAUGCAAAGGGAGGAGGUGUUGAAGGAACAAGAGUCCGACCUGGCACAGAAGGAGAAGAUGUUGAAGGAACAGGAGUCGAACCUGACCCAGAGGGAGGAGGUGUUGAAGGAGCAGUUGACUGGUUUGGUGCAAAGGGAGGGGGUGUUGAAGGAACAGUUGACUGACUUGGUACAGAGGGAGGAGGUGUUGAAGAAACAAGAGACUGACAUGAUGCAGAGGGAUGAGGCAUUAAAGAAACAGGAAUGUAGUCUGGUACAGAGAGAGGAGAUGUUAAAGGAGCAGGAGUCAGGCCUGACACAGAGAGAGGAGGCAUCGAAGGAACAGGAGUCAGACUUGGUGCAGAGGGAGGAGGCAUUGAAGACACGGGAGUCGGACCUGAUACAGGGGAAGGCAGAGCUAGAGACGCGAGAGUCGACCGUGGCUGAGCGAGAGCUGCAGCUGAUGACAGCGCUGUCCGCCGCUCAGCAGACCGCUGGCGAGGCCGAGAGCUGGCGGGCGGAGCUGGAGACCCUGCAGGGCCGGACCGCCGAGCUGGAGCAGGAGCUGGCGAGUGCACGGGAGGCGGCGUCGCAGGGCUCUCGGGCGAUAGAGGAACUCUCCACGCACCUCGGCGAGCAGCAUAGGCGGGAGCUGAGUUGCCUGCAGGAGGAACACGUCUCCUCGCUGGAGUCUCGGCUAGCGGAGCAGGCGGCAGAGCACCAGCGCCACCUGCGGGAGCUGGAAUCUCAGCACCAGGCGGCGCUUCAGGAGCUGGAGCGGGAGCGGAGCCAGUGCAAGGCCGGGGUGGCCGAGCAUCAGGAGCUCCUGCGCCGCUCCCAGGAUCUGGAGGCGCAGCUGGAGACGGAGAGGGCGCGGGUCGAGGCGGACAGACAGGAGCACCAGGAACUCCUGCACCGCUCCCAGGAGCUGGAGGCGCGGCUGGAGACGGAGCGGGCGCGGAUCGAGGCGGACAGACAGGAGCACCAGGAACUCGUGCACCGCUCCCAGGAGCUGGAGGCGCAGCUGGAGACGGAGCGGGCGCGGGUCGAGGCGGACAGACAGGAGCACCAGAAACUCCUGCACCGAUCCCAGGAGCUGGAGACGGAGCGGGCGCGGGUCGAGGCGGACAAGCAGGAGCACCAGGAACUCGUGCACCGCUCCCAGGAACUGGAGGCGCAGCUGGAGACGGAGCGGGCGCGGGUCGAGGCGGACAGACAGGAGCACCAGGAACUCUUGCACCGCUCCCAGGAGCUGGAGGCACAGCUGGGGAUGGAGCGGGCGCGGGUCGAGGCGGACAGAGUCGCGCAUCAAGAUCUCCUGCACCGGUCCCAGGAGCUGGAAGCGCAGCUGAGAAAGGAGCGGGGUCGCAGCGAGGCUGGAGUCGAGCGUGAGGACCCCGUGCGCGACUCUGCGGAGCUCAGCAGCGCGCUGACCGCACUGGAGGCCAGUCUGCGCGAGCUGGACGCCAGCAGCGCGGAGAAGCUCACUCCAGCGGCGCGCCCAGAGGCCGGCCGGCCAGCGCAGCUCGUGCGGAUGUCCGCCGGCCGGCUGGCCAGCCUGGCCGCCGAGCUGCGCCAGGAGCGCGCGCGCCGCCAGGGGCAGGAGCCCACACUCGCGUCCCCGGGCCAGCAGAGGCCGUGGUCGGCUGCGGACGAGGAGACCUCGGAAGCCACCCGCCGGGACGAGGGCCCCUCGGACGAGCCGGUCAUGCUCGGCUGGCCCGUGGACGAGCAGAACGGCCGGUUGGAGGUGGAGCGCCGCUCAGAUCUCGGAAGCCAGAGCGGCCGUCUGCCGGCCCAGAGCGACGCGUCCGUGGCCGCGCUGCAACGGGAGACACUGGCCUGCCGCCGACAGCUGCAGCAGGCUGAGAGGAGGCACCAGCGGGAGGUGUCGGAGCUGCGGCGUCUGCUGGCACUGCGCCACACGCCGCCGCCAGCCGCCGACAGCGCCGCCACGCUGGACGCCGUCACAGAGGUCGAGUACCUGAGGAACAUCCUGUACGAGUACAUGAUGGGCCGGGAGCCGCUGACGCUGGCCAAGGUUAUCACCGCCGUUCUUAAGUUCAACUCAGAACAAACAGCGAAAGUUUUGGAGAAGGAGGAACAACGUCAAUCCUUGCUGCCCUCCGGCCGGUCGGCGGUGGGCUCCACCAUGGACUCGGUCGGCUCCACCCUCUCCGCUCUCUCGCCGUUCAAGUGGAGCUAACCGGACCGAGGCCGGGGCGCCGCGCAGUCUCAUCGGUCAGCGCGCGUCCUCGGAGGACGGCGCCCGACUUACGAGCCCUGUCCUCGUAGGACGGCAUCCGACUUACGAGCCCUGUCCUCGGAGGACGGCGCCCGACUUACGAGCCCUGUCCUCGGAGGACGGCAUCCGACUUACGAGCCCUGUCCUCGUAGGACGGCAUCCGACUUACGAGCGCUGUCCUCGGAGGACGGCGCUCGACUUACGAGCGCUGUCCUCAGGACGAUGCUCGACUUACGAGCGCUGUCCUCGAGGACGAUGCUCGACUUACGAGCGCUGUCCUCAGGACGAUGCUCGACUUACGAGCGUUGUCCUUGGAGGACGGUGCCCGACUGACGAGCGCUGUCCUUAGUGGACGGCACUGGACUCGCGAGUGCGAUCCUCGGAGGACGGUAGGAGGUCGGCCGUGGCGCGGGUCGGGACAGGUGCUGGUCGUGCUAUGCUGAGCAGGGCAAUGAAACACGGCUCUGGUCGGCAGCCCUGUCCGUCGAGUGGGUCGCGCGGGUGCGAAUGCACGGUGACCGCCCUUUGUGAUUAACGGGCUCAUUUUAACCGAUGACGGCUGAUAGAGUGAUUAGCGGUGGGGAUCGCAAAUGGGAUCAUCGUGGCAAAAGAUGUACUGGCGUGGUUGCAAUGCUAUAACUUAUUUUGGCAAUUGCACAUCGUGGCUUAGUUUCCGCUUGAUGUGCUUUCGUUAAUAUGUCCGUUAAAAGACAGUUGCCGCUGGGUACCACCGUGUGGAGCGAUCCUAUGUGUGACUGGCUGUACGUAUCCGGGGGCGUGGUCUCGUAAAGUAAGCUGGGAGGAGGGGGAG